CCUCCUUUACUUCUCCCCCGCCUCCCCCCCUCCCCACUGCUAGAUGACUACCAGGAAGCAGGCGGAGCCUACCGGGAAGCGGAGUCACCGGCUGCGGAAUGACGCACGCAGAGACCCGGAUGCUCGUGGGACGGGCACACACCCUCCCCCCCCCUGCUCCUCCCCGCCCUUACCGGCGGAAGCGGGGUGGCCGGGGAACGGCUCCUUCCCUGCGGGACGGGUCAUGUGACAGCGCACGUGGCCGCGAUGGGCACCGCGCUGGACAUCAAGAUCAAGCGGGCCAACAAGGUGUAUCGCUGCGGGGAAGUUCUUUCUGGAGUUGUGGUCAUAACAAGUAAGGAUGCAGUCCAGCACCAAGGUAUCUCCUUAACAAUGGAAGGAUCAGUAAAUCUGCAACUUAGUGCCAAAAGUGUGGGUGUGUUUGAAGCUUUCUAUAACUCUGUCAAGCCUAUUCAGAUCAUUAACAGCACUAUUGAAAUGGUAAAACCAGGGAAGCUUCCCAGUGGCAAGACAGAAAUUCCAUUUGAGCUUCCGUUGCAUAUGAAGGGGAACAGAGUUCUGUAUGAGACAUAUCAUGGCGUCUUUGUUAAUAUUCAGUAUGCCCUACGGUGUGAUAUGCGACGUUCUCUACUGGCAAAAGACCUGACUAAGACUUGUGAAUUCAUUGUCCACUCAUUGUCACAGAAAGAAAAACUGAUGCCAAGCCCAGUAGACUUCACAAUUACUCCUGAAACUUUGCAAAAUGUUAAAGAGAGAGCCUCCCUUCCUAAAUUUCUCAUCAAAGGGCAUCUCAGUUCUACAAACUGCAUCAUUACACAGCCACUAACAGGGGAGCUGGUAGUGGAGAACGCAGAGGCUGCAGUCAAAAGUAUUGAGCUGCAGUUAGUACGUGUGGAAACCUGUGGGUGUGCUGAAGGUUAUGCCAGAGAUGCCACAGAGAUACAGAAUAUUCAGAUUGCUGAUGGAGAUGUCUGCAGGGGGCUACCAAUUCCCAUAUACAUGGUGUUUCCUAGGUUGUUCACUUGCCCAACCUUGGAAACAACAAACUUCAAAGUUGAGUUUGAAGUUAAUAUUGUUGUCCUCCUACACGAUGACCAUCUCAUCACAGAGAACUUCCCUCUGAAGCUCUGCAGGAUGUAAAGAGCCAGAGGAGAAUCGCUUAAGGAUUUACUGAUAAAGGACAAAAUUCUUCAGAGGCAAAGUGGAAUUUUAUCCGUGUCUCAUUGUUACUGAAAACACAUCACUUCCUUCCUUCUCCUUGCUGGCAGUUCUUGUGCUUUCAGUUCUCUAUAAAUCUUGAAGACUUUGCCUGCCUUGUGAUAGCCUAUAUGUAUGUAACUAUCCAGACAGCCUUGUCAGGAAUUUUUCUGACUUCAACAGCCAUGUUGUUCCCCCUUUUUUCUGAGACAAAUGCUAAAGGAAUGAUUCUGUAAGUUUCUACAAUUUGUAGAAAUACGUAGUUUCUCUCCUUAUUUCAUUUUUAAUAAUUGUUCCAAAGACCUUUAAAGAUAUCCCUUCUUAAACAUAGUAACUCAUUUUAUAUGUAUGUAUAUAUUUUGGGAGGUGGGUUAAGGGACUUGUAAUAUAAUACUGAAUAAUGUCUUUCAAGGUGUAAUAAUAAAUGGUGCUACAACAAUG